AUGGGACCAAAAUAUAAGCUGUCAGACUCCGAGUCAGAGUCGGAGCCAGAUGUUCCUACCGCUCCGUCCGAUAAACAACUAGAGAAAGGCUUGCGCGAUGAAGUUGCUGGGAUAUUCAAGUCUGGCAAUAUGGAGGAGUUGACCGUGAAACGAGUACGACUUGCGGCGGAGAAGAAGCUUGGCCUCGCAGAAGGAUACUUCAAAACUACGGGUGAUUGGAAGGCCCGAAGCGAGCAGAUUAUAAAGGCGGAAGUGGACGUGCAGGAAAGUGCUCAAAACGGCGAAACUGAGCCAACCAAAAAAUCCCCGUCUCCUCCACCGCAACCGAAAAAGAAAGCACCGGCCAAGCGAACCAAGAGCGACAGUGCGCCCAAGCCGAGAAAGCGCCAAAAGACACAAACCCCUGUUUCGGAGGAUGAGGCCACAGUGCCAUCUGGUGACGAGAGUGAAGAAGAGGUCGCAAAGCCGAAGAAGCGUGCAACUGCACCCAAGAAAAAGCUGUCUCCCAAGCCUGCUACAGACGAGCCGGAAGAUUCAGACGCUCAAGAACAUUCCGAUGCAGUAAAAUCAUCGGAAAUUGUCAAAGACGACUCCGAAAGCGAGAUGUCUGUGGUCCUGGACGAGGAACCCAAGCCCAAGCCCGCACGCAAGCGAAAGAGUACCGAGACAGCUCCUAAGAAGGAGAAGAAGCCUGCGCCCAAAGCCAAAUCCAAAGACGAGGAGGAUCCAGAUCAAGCAGAGAUCAAGCGGUUACAAGGAUGGCUGGUUAAAUGCGGCAUCCGUAAGAUGUGGUUCCGUGAGCUGGCGCCGUACGAUACCGCAAAGGCAAAGAUUAAGCAUCUCAAGGGGAUGCUAGAGGAUGCCGGUAUGACGGGCCGAUACUCACAAGAGAAAGCCAACAAGAUUCGCGAUGAGCGCGAGCUCAAGGCAGAUCUGGAAAUGAUCCAGCAAGGUGCGAAGCAAUGGGGAAAAGGGAGCGGAGACGAAGGAGAAGAAGAGGGACCGCCUCAACGCCGUGCUGCUGCCCGAGGUCGACAGGCACUUGCAUUUUUGGAGAGCGAUGGCGAAGAGUCGGACUGA